UCACCUCCCAGAAAUCUCAUCCAUUUUCUUUCUUCAUUCAUUUAUCCCUCACCUCUACUCUACGCCGGGUCCUUUGGUGGAUUCUCGGAAUGAAUCCGGACACCAUGAAGCAGCUGCCAGUCUUGGAGCCUGGAGACAAGCCCAGAAGAGCAACAUGGUACACCUUAACCCCCACUGGAGACAGCCCCUGUGCUCGGGUUGGCCACAGCUGCUCAUAUUUACCCCCUGUUGGUGAUGCCAAGAGAGGGAAGGUCUUCAUCAUUGGGGGAGCAGAUCCAAACAGAAGCUUCUCAGAUGUUCACACCAUGGAUCUGGGAACACAAUGCUGGGAGUUAACCGCCUCGGAGGGCCUCUUGCCCCGGUAUGAGCAUGCCAGCUUUGUUCCCUCUUGCACACCUCACAGCGUCUGGGUGUUUGGAGGUGCUGACCAAUCAGGAAAUAGAAAUUGCCUCCAAGUUCUGAAUCCUGGUGCCUGUUUUCUCCUUGGACCAGAAACCAGGACUUGGACCAUACCAGAGGUGACCAACCUGCCACCAUCCCCAAGAACAUUUCACACGUCUUCAGCAGCCAUUGGAAACCAGCUGUAUGUCUUUGGAGGUGGAGAGAGAGGUGCCCAGCCCGUGCAGGAUGUGAAACUUCAUGUGUUUGAUGCAAACACUCUGACCUGGUCACAGCCAGAGACACUUGGAAAACCUCCAUCCCCCCGGCAUGGUCAUGUAAUGGUAGCAGCAGGGACAAAACUGUUCAUCCAUGGAGGUUUGGCAGGGGACAAGUUCUAUGAUGAUCUCCAUUGCAUUGAUAUAAGUGACAUGAAGUGGCAGCAGCUCAGUCCCACUGGGGCAGCUCCCAUUGGCUGUGCUGCCCACUCAGCUGUGACCAUGGGAAAACAUGUGUAUGUCUUCGGAGGGAUGACUCCCACAGGAGCCCUGGACACAAUGUACCAGUAUCACACAGAAAAGCAGCACUGGACCUUGCUUAAAUUUGAUACUUUUCUGCCUCCUGGACGAUUGGACCAUUCCAUGUGUAUCAUUCCAUGGCCAGUGAUGUCUGCUUCUGAGAAAAAUUCAAAUUCUACCACUGUGAACUGUGAUGCUGAGAAAGGGGAUUCCACUGACAAAGGAGUGACUCAGGGUGGUGACUCACAGGAGGAAAAUCAGACUGACAGGCUGCUCUGUUUUGUGUUUGGUGGGAUGAAUACAGAAGGGGAAAUCUAUGAUGAUUGUAUUGUGACUGUAGUUGACUAAUAAAACCCACAUUUAAAAGUG